AGAAGGCUCCGAGGGUGCUGUCAGCACAAGGGAGGGUUACGCCGGCUGCUUUAGGAGCCGGCUCUACAUUGGGAUGGAGAGAACACAGAGGGAUUUUGCGCAGUAACAGCCACAAGCACGCUGCUGGGUGCAGUGCCAGUGGUGCUCCACAAAGCAGCCGUCGGGCUCUGCGGAGGGGAAGACACAGUACAGGGAGCAGGGAGAACACGCAGGGGCUUGAGCGAGAGCUCUGCCGCUCCAUCCUUCCCUGCACUCACUGGCAUUUAGGCAGAGUAUUUCUGCGACUGCGCUUCUAGUCGGUUUACAGAGCAAGAAGUUUCCCAGAAAACCUUCCCUUGGGUAUGGAAAGUGAAUGGCAAAGGGAGGAAGAAAAACUUCCUCCAGCACCAGGGUCUGCUGAGUCACAAGAGACAAAAAGCCCACAGCCACAGCCCCAACGCUUACAGGCGUCCCCCAGUUCAACGAGGAAGACAUGAAGAACUACAUGCUACAUCAAAAGGAAACUUUAUUUAAGACCAGCACAAUGCAUCAGAAAGGAGCAGAAAGGGGAAACGAGUCCUUGGGAGCUCACCGUUACCGCCACCCCAGCACGUUCACCCUGGCCUAGAGGACUUCAGGCCAGUUACAACACGAGUUGACCCUUGCCACUUUGGCAGAGGUGCAACCGGCAGCUGCAGGGAAGAGGUGAGAGGAGGACAGAAAAGGACGACUUGCACGCAGUGUCCCUGCAGUCCUGCAUUCAGGCCCCUGGGCCACCUGAAGGGAUCGGCAGAAGACGGCCUGCCAGGCACAGCUCAAGUGGCCGACACAGCCCAGCACCGCGCCGUGCACGCACAGGAGCUGUGCAGGCGGCAGCCGGCAGUCCAAGUCGGGUCACAGCUCGCCCCUGUGCCACAGCAGAGCCGCCUCCACCUCGCAGCAUCCCCGCUCGGCGAACAGCCACUCGCCUGGGCUCAACAAGACGCCAACGGUCCUCGCUCCGAGAGGUGCCUCCUGUCUUCCCGUCUCAUCCCUGAACCGCAGGCUACGGAGUACAGCCUGGCAGCCUCAGACACGGAAACUCGUCGCAACACGAUUUCAGGCAGCUGCAGUUACGUCCGUUUGGAACAGGAACUGCUCCUGCCCUCCCCUAACAGCUCCGCAAGGCCCUGUGCUCAGCAGCAGCUUUCCAGCUGCAGCAGCUGGCUCGUUUCCGUAAUCCCCCAAACUACCCAAGCGUGUCUCUGGCUCAGGACUUCACGCCGGGCUCCCCGUGCCCUCCAGUGGCGCGAGGGUGCUUUCCUGUGUUGCCAGCUCCCCUUCCUCCACCUUGCUUCCUCUUCAUCUGGGCCUGGGACUCCGCUUUAAGUGUCUCGAUCCAGAAGGCAUCGAAAGAACCUGGAGCCUGAUAGCCAGGCUCCUGGGGAUCGAGGGCAUCUUUGCUGAGCAGGACGCAUAUGGCAGGAAUGUUUCUCUUCACUGUCAAGGCAUCGAGGCCUGCCUCAGGCACAAUGGGUUCCCAGAUCUCCUCGAUCUGCUUAAAAAGCACUUUGGUGAUCUGGUGGAGUUCCUUGAGCCUCCGUUUCAUGAUUUCCACACACGUAAUGGUCUUGCUAACGGCCUUGCCUGAGCCAGUGAAAAGGAUCUGCCUCACUGAGUCCAGCUCCAUCUUGCCAAUGGCGUAGCCCAUCAGGUUUCUUAUUUUGCUGCCGUCCUUCACUUUCAUUUCAAUAAUGUCAGGGGGCAGGUCAGUGAAAGGAAGAGGACAAGGUUUCUCCACAAUUUUGGUCUUCUUAUAGUUUUCCAUUCUGCAGCUCUGAAAAGGAAAAGGGAUUCGUGAAUACUUCUGAUUAUGGCACAUAAAAUCAGUGUGUGCGAGCUCCCCCAUCCAGGCCAGAGCAAGAAGUGCAGUGGAAUCCACAGCCUUCCAGCGACCUGCACCAACUCUGUGGAGCCCGAGAACCGGAGCAGCAGCUUACUCGUGCUGAUGUGGCAAAACCCCGCACCCUGCACAUACGUGAGGGAAGAAGCUGUAAGUUACCCAGUGCUGCAGCCUAAAUUACAGGCACCGCCAGCGUGACUGGAGGUCCCUUCAAGCCACGGGCAGAGGCUCGGAGCACCUCCAAAUGAACACCCGUACCUCACAAACUUCCCAAAGAACAGCUGCGCAAAGCACUUCUCAUCCGAGCGAUGCACAACAGACCUCGGGACCUGACGGGGCACACGUGAAACGUUACCGGGUGACAGGUCUGUGCUGGCGAAAGUGGAGAUGGCAGCUACAAGCAGCAGCACCGGAGCCUGGCACCAAGCAGCGGUGGGGGUCAGGGCGCUGCUGCCCUGGCUGUACGGAGUGCAUCGAGGCCAUACAGGAGCUGCAGCAGCUGGUGCUGUCAGCACUGCCCGGCUGUGAGGCUGCUGCGCUGAGGCCUGACUUCUGGCAAGUGGCAUCGAAGGACGUGGAGGAGCUGCUGGAGCGGGGCAGCCUGUCCUGCUGUGGCUACGGCAUCCCCAGGAGCAAGAGCUGUCCUGGGAGCUGGAGCAACGCCUCUCUGGAGCACCAUGGAGGAGCCCCCACAGAGCCAGAGCCUCCGUGCCAGCCAGCGCCCAGGAAGGAGACACAUCCCGCAGACAUCCCUGCAGAAGACCAACAUCUGGACUCUGCCCUGAGCAAAACCAGCAGUGCAGAGGAGGCUGAUGAGCUUCGUGGGAAGAGGCAGUGCCUAGAGCUUCUGACAGCCCCCAGGCCCCCCAGGCGUGGGAAGCAGGGCUCCAAGCCAGGCAGCGGAGAUGAAGAGCCACCGGCGGAGGUCUCCUCCUCCAUGCAGCCACCAGAAAUGGGGACGAUCGUGCGUGAGAGUCUCCUUCGCCCAGAUGAGGGGCGACAGCAGUGGGUGGAGGUGUCCCAGCAACCUCUCGGCUUGUCCGUGGACCUCUCAGCACUUCCCAGCCCAGCCAACACAGUGUUACGAAAAGACCAGGGCUGCCAAACUGACUUCGUCAUCAUCCUGAGACCACUGGGGGCUGAUGCUGGUAAUGGGAACCAGCCCCAAACUGCAGCGCCUGUCGACAUCCCAGAGCUGCAGCUGAGGCUUGAGGAGUGCAGCAAGGCCUGCAUGCAGACGGCAAGCAAAGAAAACCUAGAAAGCUCCUCUGGGACAGUGCAGCAGUCAACUGAAGAGGAGCAUGAAGCACUGCCUGAAAAUGCCUGUUCUGGCCCCCUGCCACCACAAUGUCCCUGUGUCCCCUUCCUCAGAUGCAAGCCUCUCCUCCAUCCGGACCAAGUCAAGAGGAACUGGAAGAAGCACGGGGCCUCCAUUGUCUGCCCAGCGGCCUCUGGACCACCACGCUUCCACCCGCAGCCUGUCCAUUUCCACAGGUCCUGAGGCCACGUUCAUGCCCAAGGAGCAGCGCGAGGCCCGGAGCUGCAGCAUCCCAGGGACCAGCUCAGACCCGGAGCAGCCCAUCCCAGCGAGCAGUGCCCCGGGAGGAGAGCGGCUGGGCAGCCCCAGGGGCUCACACACACUGCACCAUGAACGGCUGCUGUAGCCACAGGAUGGACACAGCUCCCAAGGGUGAAAUUCUGAGGACGCCCUUUGGGAUGCCGAAUGCAUGGGCAGGACAAGAGCCCACCGCAGUCUACCCCGCCCUCAGGCCCGUGGUCCAAGCUACAAGCCUGAGGCCUGAGCACCGUCGGAAGCACCGCAGACACUUUGUGGGACCAGCCGCAGGAGCCCCACAAGGCCACUGGGGCAGCAGCACCGAGCAGACCAGAUGCUCUGACAGCAGCUUCCACCUCCGGGCUGCGGCUGUCCCUCUGAAAGGAAACACCAGUGCGGAGGUGACCACGGCGUCUGAAACAGCUGGGGCUGAGGCAGGCACCAGGGGACCUAAGUGGUGGCCUUGGAGGAAGAAGUGCCCUGGCAAGGUCGAGAGCUCCCCAGAUUGUGGGGCCUGCUCCCAGGGCACCGACAGCCAAGAAAAGUGGACAGGCAGCAACCUCCCUCGGGGAAAUGCACAGGCCAGGCCAGCUCCCAUCUUAGCCUCCACAAGACCCCAGGAGCCCCAUGGCUACUCCAGCUCGUCGUCUUCAGAGCACUGCAGUGCCCCUAUCACCAGAUACCCGUGCUCGUGUCACUUGCGCCAAACCUGUGGCACCCAGGGCACUGCAGCGGAACCGAACAGCAACAGCAUCAGCUCGGUCUGGGAUUGGAUUUGCCGUAGGCAGCAGAAGACGUCUGUAUCGCCGCAGAGCUCUACAUCCGAGCACUGCUGCCAUGCAGGCCACAGGAGAGGCAGGGCCAGCGUCCAUGGAGCUUGUGAUUUUCAAAAGCUCCAAUACUGUAAAUAAAUAAACUUAUUUGUGUAAAUAAACUUAUAGGUAUGG